UAGGGCUUCUGGUCUCCGUGUUUAUAGCUAGAUGUCGCUACUCUACUUCCGGGACGGGAGAGGGCGGCCGGGUCCUAGUGCCGGCUAGAUACCCGGGGCUCAGAGCUGUAGGGCGGGCGGAAGGUGGGGCCCAAACCAAGACUGACUGACUUCCUCGAAGCUGCCCGCCGGACGCUGAUGGCCGGACGCUUCCUGGGCAAGGCUUUAGCCACCGUGUCUCUCUCUGUGGCCUUGGCCUCUGUGACUGUCAGUUCUUCGAGUUGCCGCAGCGCCCCGGCGUACAGAAACUCAUUUUCAUCCUGUUGGUUUCAUCUUAGUACCAGCACCAUGUCUGGUUCUAAUAGUUCCAAAGAGAAUUCUCACAACAAGGCUCGGACAUCUCCUUACCCAGGUUCAAAAGUUGAACGAAGCCAAGUUCCUAAUGAAAAAGUGGGCUGGCUGGUUGAGUGGCAAGACUAUAAUCCUGUUGAAUAUACUGCCCUUUCUGUCUUAGCUGGACCCAGGUGGGCAGAUCCUCAGAUCAGUGAAAGUACCUUUUCUCCGAAGUUUAAUGAAAAAGAUGGGCAUAUUGAGAGAAAGAGCCAGAACGGCCUGUAUGAGAUUGAAAAUGGAAGACCUAGAAAUCCUGCAGGACGGACAGGACUGGUUGGCCGGGGGCUUUUGGGGCGAUGGGGUCCAAAUCAUGCUGCAGAUCCCAUCAUAACCAGGUGGAAAAGAGAUAGCAGUGGAAAUAAAAUCACCCAUCCAGUUUCUGGGAAACACAUCUUACAGUUUGUUGCAAUAAAAAGGAAAGACUGUGGAGAAUGGGCAAUCCCAGGGGGGAUGGUGGAUCCAGGAGAGAAGAUUAGUGCCACACUGAAAAGAGAAUUCGGUGAGGAAGCUCUCAACUCCUUGCAGAAAUCGAGUGCUGAGAAGAGAGAAAUAGAGGAACAGUUGCACAAACUCUUCAGCCAAGAACAUCUCGUGAUAUAUAAGGGAUAUGUUGAUGAUCCUCGAAACACUGAUAAUGCGUGGAUGGAGACAGAGGCUGUGAAUUACCAUGAUGAGACAGGUGAGAUAAUGGAUAAUCUUGCCCUAGAAGCUGGAGAUGACGCUGGAAAAGUGAAAUGGGUUGACAUCAGCGAUGAGCUCGAGCUUUACGCCAGUCACUCUCAGUUCAUCAAACUAGUGACGGAGAAGCGGGAUGCACACUGGAGUGGGGACUCUGAAGCUGACUGCCGUGGGGUAUAGCUCAUGACGGGAUACACACUGGAGUCAGGAUUCUGAAGCUGACUGCCGUGGGGUAUGGCUCAUGGUCUCUGCAGAAGCCUAAAGCCCACAAAGGAGCAAGUGCUGAAAAGGAGGCAGGAUCACCCAACUUAUGCUGUAAAAAGGGCCAGAGCGGCCACUGGGCCUAUUCACUUCCAAAAUAAUUUACAUUUAGAGGGUUUUACAUCAGAAUAAAAAUUAAUAAAUAUGAUGAAACAGAACACAGAAUUUUCAGCUUUCUGGUCAAAGGAAUAUAAAGAGUCAUAUUUUGUAUGUAUUCUAUUUAAGCAUGGCUUCAACGAAAUUUAAACAACUGAUGCUCUCAGAUGAAUCAUAAUCAGAAUAAAGACAAAUUCUUGAUCAGCCAUAACUCCUGUUUUCCAUCUAGUUUUUGCUUGUCAGUUCCAACCCCCACCUCAACCUUUUGAGGCCCAAAGGAUUUUCCUGCCACAUGGGACUUCUUUAGAAUGAGCACCACCAUUGGAUGUAUAGUUUAAUGUCACAUCUGAUUUUUCCUUAAAUUAUUUACCAUUGUGCUUUUUAUGAUCUUAUUGAAGCUGAUUUCAAAAGUGGGAACUUUAUGUAUUCUUGACUUUAGAGUCAUGAGUUUUAUGAGGAAAUUUCAAUCACUCUUUUAGUAUUAAAGAUUAAGAGCAAUGAAUAAAGGCCAGGCACGGUGGCUCACGCCUAUAAUCCCAGCAUUUGGGAGGCCGAGGCGGGUAGAUUGCCUGAGCUCAUGAGUUCAAGACCAACCUGAACGAUAGUGAGACCCCAUCUCAAAAAGCCGGUUGUGAUGGGUGCCUAUAGUCCCAUCUACUUGGGAGGCUGAAGCAAGAGAAUCACUUAAGCCCAAGAGUUUGAGGUUGCUGUGAGCUGUGACACCACGAAACUCUACCGAGGGCGACAUAGUGAGACUCUGUCUCAAAAAAAGAAAAAAAAAAUUGAGAGCUCAUAUCCUCAUUUUUAGAAGUUCUGAAUUUUAAAAAUAUGUCUGGGAAAUUAGUAAUUAAAAUCAGUAAGUUUAUUUCACUCUAGUGCAGCGGUUUUUAAGCUAUGGGCUGCAACCCACAGGAACUGUAUUAAAGGGUCGCAGCAUUAGAAAGGUUGAGAACCACUGGUCUAAUAUAAAUACUGUAUGUUAUAACCAAUUAAAAAAUAGCUCGGCACCUGUAACUCAGUGAGUAGGGCGCCCGCUUCAUAAACCUGAGGCUGGCAGGUUCAAGCCUGGCUUGGGCCUGCUGAACAACAGUGACAACUGCAACCAAAAAAAAUAGCCAAGUGUUGUGGUGGGCGCCCGUAGUCCCAGCUACUCAGGAGGCUGAGGCAAGAGAAUCGCUUAAGAUCAAAAGAGUUUGAGGUUGCUGUGAGCUGUGAUGCCAUAGCAGUCUACCGAGGGUGACAUAGUGAGACUCUGUCCCCCUCCCCCCAAAAAUAAAUAAAUAAAAAUAGAUGUCUAAAAGGAAUUGCAAUCAGAUAGGAACAGAGAGAGAUUUUUGUUAGGAAGUAAAUGUUAAAGAUUGAAAUAGGAUUUUGAAAGGUGCAUGGUUAACAUUAAAAUCCUAAAGAAAGGACAGGGUUGGUGUUUUUAGGGGGGUCUUAGAAACAAGGAAGGGGGGAAAAAGUAAUACUACCUUGUCUGAGUGGAUAUGUGUAUCUCAUGCUCCCCAAUAAUAUGCAUUGGAAAGUGCUAUGAUAUUAACUCCUCUCCACCUCAAUUAGGCUUGGACUAUAGGUGGGGCAUCUGAAGAAAAGCAUUAGGGAAUAGGGACACAUGGUGUUUUCUUCAGACAUUUGAAGAAGAAAGUAGACUGUAUCUAGAAAGUAGAACUAGAGUUAAGGUCAAACAAAAAAUGUUUUGUUUUGUUUUGUCAAUUUGAUGUGAAAACUCCUGUGGUAGUAAACUCCUGUUGAACUCAAUUAGAGUGUUUGAUUUCAGGAUACUUCAACCCUCUCUGGAGGUGUUAGAGGGCUUAUGUAUAGCAUUAACUCUUAAAAAUCCAUAAAAUCCUGGUCCCUUGGGUAUGUAAUAAAGGGAUUUAUCUUUGAUGAGCAUAACCUGCUCAUGGAGUAAGAGGCUGGAUGGCUUCUGGGGUAAGUCAGCUUCUCCUUUUACUCUUUGGGAUGAAGAAAUUGUUUCUUUAUAGCACUGAACCGAGACCUCUAAAGUUGAAGCUACUUAGAAAAACUUUUAAGAAAGUUUGAGCAAUUUUCUGAAAAAUGGUUUCAUAGUUUUAAUACAUAGUUUUGAUACAUUAAUAAAGAUAUUAGGCUAUAUUACAGUUUUCUUUAAAGUAUAACUAAAACACAUGGUCUAGAUAAUUUUUUUGAGUUUUCACUGGAACGUAUAUAAAGUAUGCAAAAUGAUAAAACUGUUAAUUCCACUACAGAUAGGGUAGAAUAGCGGUUCUCAACCUGUGGGUCGCGACCCCUUUUUUCCAUUUAUAACAAUGCGGCAAUUAGGAAGGUUGAGAACAACUGGGGUAGACGAAGAUCAUCUUCUGAGAACUGAAAACAUCCAGCACUAUCUAUAAUGGGGAAAAAUCAGAUUAAAAUGUUAGUUUAUGACAUUCCUAGAAAACAUCUCCUAUAUCACUAGGCAAUAUUCCCUUCAUAUUUACUUGUCUUACGUUUUUAUGUAUAAGGAAUAUUUUUUUCUUUCAGAAACAGUAAGAGUAAUAAUACAUACCAUUUACUGAAUAUCCAUAUUACUUAAUCUUCACCACAAUGCCUGUGAAAUUAGGUGGUAUUAUUCCCAUUUCACGGAUAAAGAAAUUAAUAUUCAGAAAGAUUGCCCACGUUUUUAUUCAGCAAGGGACAAAGCUGGAAUUCGAAUCUCAGUCUGCCUUAUUCUAAAACCUGUUUUUUAUUCCCUACGAACUUAUGAAUAUUCUAAGGUUUAUUAUUUAAGUAUGCAGUUUGGAAGAUUAUAUGGUACAUAAAUAGUACUCAUAUUAGUCAUCAUAAUGCGGUUAUGAUUUGUAACUUGAAAUUUAAGGACCCAACUUGAUUUGGCUAACCUUGUUAGCCAAAGUAUUUGCAUAAUUUUCACCGACAGACAGUUUAUGUGGUAAUAAUCUUAACAUAAGGAUAAAUGGUCACAAUCAGUAUUUGUUUUGCCAACAGAGGUUCUGGAACUUUUGAAGCAUUUCAAACUCAGAUAGAAGAUAUGCUAAACUUAUAUGAGAUCAUAGUUAUCUUAAAAGCUAUUUGGUAGCUAAAGAGGAACUUGAAAAUUCUAAGCACUUUGAGAGUCUACUCUUAUUUAAUAGUAUGUUUUCUGAUCUCAGCACUUCUGAUAGUUGGUAUUAUUUUCUAAAACUUCUGGAGUUUUAUUAAAUAAACUGACAUUCAAAUACAUUCUUAGAAGAAAGCAUUUUGAAUUAAGUUGGUCUUUUUGUACCUACUUUCAUCACAUUAUUUACAAACUUAGACACAAUCUAAGGUGAUUAAAUUUUUUUGAUAAAAAUAUUCAAAAAUGCAUAAUGUUGCUUGAAAGAUAUUUGGAGAUUUUACUAACCGUAUAGAACUUCUGGCACAGUAGUGAGAAUUAUUUCUGUCAAAAUAGAUAAUACAGGUUACAGUUACUGUAUGAAAGUAUUUUUACAAUAAUUCCUUCACUUUCACCUGUGUCUCUCAUUUUAUGAUUAUUUUAUUGCUGAUAUGUUAAUAUUGGUAGAAUUAUGUGUGCUGGGGAUAGAAAAUUAGGUGGUUCUGUUAUACUUCAAUGCUGAGUUGAAUCCUUAACUGUAUGCAGAGUUGAAUCCUUAACUGUAUGCAGAGCUUGAUUUCUCCCACAUGGCCUCUGCUGGCUUGAUAAAAGUAUUUGAAGUGAUUAAAAGUACUAAACAAGCACUUUGUGCAAUAAAACUUGUUAGGAGAAAAACUGGUGGGUGAAAAUCUAGUUUCUUUCAAGGUAGAUUAAAAUACAUACUAUAUAAUGUUAAUAGAUGUAUUGUUAUUUAAAAAAAGAGCCAGGCUCCGUGGUGAGCUGGGUUCAAGUAUCCCAGCCACUGGGGAGGUUGACGUGAGAUGAUUGCCUGAGACCAGGAGUUCAAGGCUAUAAGGCUAUAGGGUACCAUGAUCCAGCCUGUGAAUAGCCAUUGGACUACAGCCUGGGCAACAUAGUGAGACUUCGUCUCUUAAAAAACAAGGAAAAAAAAAAAAAAAACCAAGAAAACCAGCAACAAAAAGGAAAUACCUUCUUGGUCUCUACUUUUUUUUUUAUUAAGCAAACGUGCAUGAAAAUGAAAGUAGAAAGUCCAAGGAUUGCAGCCUUUGCACCAUGCAAACUAAUGGUUUUAAUGUAAAGGAAAAGGGUUGCCUUUGAGAUCAGACCAUUUCUAGGUUUGGUAGUUUUCUAUCCAAUGAGUAAGCUUUUCUCAUUUACUAUGAAUUGUCCAUAAGACAGAAAUAAGCCUGAGGCAAACUUCACUGUUCAAUAUUUUUUAUCCUAAUAUUGCAUAUAUGUCUUAAAAACUUAAAUUUGUGAAAUACCAGGGAUGUUAUGAAAAGAAUACAUUUUCAGACCUGCAAAAAUUUUGGUCUAAAGAUCUUGGAGGAAAUUUGGUUUAUAACCAUUAAUUUUAAUUUGGGUAGAUCAGUUGGGUUUAAUUCUACCCUGUGUUUUUAUAGUAUGAAGAGUUAUUCUUACCUUUCCAGCCAAUGAAUGUCUCUUAUGUUUAUCAGUAUAAUCUCAGAAAUAAAAUCUUACCCCAAAGAAGCCCUAAAAAUAAAAAAAAAAUUACUAAGAUACUAUCUUUAAUCCAUUAAGCAAAUUUGUAUUUUAUGGUAGCAUAAAAAUAAAUGACUUACCACCAGUUGGUUCAAAAUAGCAGUGAUUAACUGCCAAAGAAGAAAAAUCAAUGAUCAAUAAUAUGAAUGGGAUUUUUAUUUAUAUUUAACUUAGUACAUAUGUAAGUUAAAAUAUUUUAUAUAUGAAAAUAUUUAUUGAAAAAUUCAGUUAUAUUACUUAGUGUUUUAUUUAGAUGAUGUGAGAUUUUAAAAUGAAGAGGUAAUAUCUAGAUUAAAAUUCCUUUAGGUCACAGAAAUAUUUUCUUCUAACUGCCUAGUAAUUGUAUUUACCAUAGUUGAAAGUUAGAGAAUUGAUUUGAAGUGUUAAGAAACCCACUGUAUUGGUGUGUGUCACACUUUAUGGGGGCAAGACAUGAUUGCAAGAGGGACUUUACCUAACAAUUGCAAUCAGUAUAACCUGGCUUAUUGUACCCUCAAUGAAUCCCCAACAAUAAAAAAAAAAGAAA